UCUGGAACGAAGUGCAAAGGUAAGGAGCAAAAAGCAACAAGAUAAAGGGAUUAGGCAGAAGUGCCGGGUUGGUGACAGCUGCAUAAAAUCUUUCAACGACUUUCCUUGAUUAGUAGUAAACAACUUGAAUUAAAAUGUUCAACAAACUAUUUUGCUGCUGUUUCUAUGAUUGAAUAAUUCUCGUUCUUGAUUUGUUGACUUGAGUUUAGAAACAGGCAGUUACUCUUCAAGCACAAAACAAAGUAAUGUCGGAAACUUCUAGAGUUGUGUCAGCUACUCGGCCAAGUUCUGGGGGUACUUAUAGGCGCCUGUGUCUCGUUACCUGCAUAGUCGUUACCUGCAUGGCAAUAUUUCCGGGUUCGAGCAUUGCGCAUGGAAGGAAACGAUUUGCUCUGUCGUGCGGCAGUAGACUUGUUAACAGCAUGAGAUAUAUGUGCUUACAGGAAGUAUGGACACCCAAGUUAUGUUCUGUGUUUAGAACAAAAUUCUGUGGAACUGAAAUUAAUUUUCACCCAAUAUGUCGUUUCACGUGCAUUACGGAAAGCCGAAUAAGUGACCGGCAAGACAUUGCAAUAACAACUUCUGCUUCACCACAGCGAGUUGUUUCCCCAUACCCGCACAACAACACUAAUGAUGUGACAACGCCCUCACCGAAUGCAUCCCACGUAUUUAGAUCGUUGCGUUCAUCAAAGAAACUGAGCAAACACACGAGGCGAACAAAACGGUUUAUCGCAAAAAGAUGUUGCAGUGAAAUAUGUUCGAUUAUUGUUUUACGACAAUUCUGUCUCGGUGACGAAACUUAACUUUGCCAACACUUUGGUGAAAUAUUUGUCGAAUGAGAAUUUUCUUAAAAACGGAUCUGCUGCGUGGAAAACAACAAGAUCCGAACAGAUUCCAGUUCAGCCAUCGAAGCACUGCCAUCAUAUACGCUAUAUUGGCUAUAAUUGAUGUCUUCAAUAUCAAUAUUGUUAUUGCUUAUAAACAAUAUACAAGAAGCAAUGACUUUGAAGUAAAUGCAAACGUGAUAUAUCACGUAUUCUUAACUUUCAUUAAUGAUUCGAGUCUUUUUCGUUUAGUUUAGUUUUAUAAACCAGAAAAAUAUUCGUGUCAAAAUAGAAAAAUCUCUUUUUUUUAUUUACACCCCAGUACGACAGCACUUCUUCAACUAAAAAAGAUAUCCUAGCAGAUGCUUAUGCGUGUACGGAGUCGCCAUUUUAAAAAAGUGCAACACUCUGGUUUCCUCGUGCAAAACAAGUGCGUAUAGCGAUGAAAUGCAAACAUUAAUCUACAAAUUCAGCGGAUGUUGUUCACCUGGAAAUACUUUUACAAUGUUUUGUUGUCAAUCUUUAUGUUAAACAAGUUUAAAUAAAUAUAUAU